AUGUGCCGACAUGGUCGCGCGGGGCGAGUAUGUUUGGAGGAUCACAGGCUUUUCCUGGUUGAGUGGCAUGCUCUGUCAGCAGGAGUCGGAAAAUUCUGUAUGGUCCCCGGCCUUCGACGUAGGCGGCGAAGUAUUCCAGUUUGCGUACAACCCGACGGCGAUGAGGAUGGCCCCCAUGGGUCUCUGGCCAUAGUGCUGACACCUAGCAGCACCAGGCUUGCGCUUCGAUGCCGCAUCUAUAUCAAGGGACCGACUGGGGAGUUCGUGCAGUGGGAUGAGAUCCGACAUGUCCAAGAGGGCCUACCAGGCCAGUCUUUUGCACACGGCCCGGAUGUGUACUGGGGUCAUGAUCCUCCUGCUUCCCUGGGCAUUUUCGGGCUGAGCCAUGCAGAGCUGCUAAGGUCUGAAUGGGUGGAAGAUGACACCCUGACCGUGAAGUUCGAGCUUGAAGUCCGUCCUUGGGGAGAACCAGAGUCGGAGCCGCUGAGGCCUUCGGUGGAGAUUUCCGGAUCGACCAUCUGCCAAGACACACAGACCCUCUUUCAGCAAGGCAAGUGGAGCGACAUCCUCUUCAUGGUGCAGGGCGAGGUGAUCCAGGCGCACUCGCAGAUUCUUUGUGCGCGAUCCGAGGUGUUCAGCAAGCAGCUGACGGGAGGCAUGCAGGAGAGCGUCUCGAAAGUCAUCGUGGUCGAGGACUGCGAUGUCGCCACCUUCCGGGCUUUUCUGCAGUUCCUCUACACUGAUCGCUUGCCGGACGUCCAGGAGCUCAUGCCUGAGGGUGGGAACGAGACAGAGAGCGAAAGCCAACAGCAACUGCGGAUUCAGGCGCUCCUAGCCGUGAGCCACAAGUAUCAAGUGAAACGCCUCCAGCUUUGGUGCGAAGCGAAGCUUUCCGAAGAUAUCGACGCGUCACACGUUUGUGGCAUCCUCUGCCAAGCCCAUCUCCUUCACGCGAAGCAUCUCGAGAACGCCUGCCUCUCCUUCAUCAAGGACCACGCAGGCCAAGUGCUCACGUUGCCAGACUAUGUUGAGUUGGUCAAGAAGUGGCCUCAGAUUGGGUUGAAGGUGCACCUCUUCUCGGUCGGUGUGCUGGACACGGAAGCACUGGCAUCUCACGACGCAUGUUGA